AUGGCCGUUCCAAUUACAGUUUACGGGCCAAAGAUGACCGAGCACUACGAGCCGUACUCGGAGUACUGUCCAAAAUGCCAGUGCAACCACACGACCCGCAUGGAAUCCCGACGUGGAAAUUGUUGGUGGAUCGCGUUCUUCAUCGGAUUUUUCCUCUUCUUCCCGAUCUGCUACUGGCUUUGCUGCCAGUCUUCCAAGGACACUCUGCACUAUUGUCCGUCCUGCGGAACCCUGUUGGCCACCAGACAGGGAGGAUGCUCUUGA